AUGACGGUCGCGUUUCGGUGGGCGGCCCCCGGGCCCUCGGUGGGCGCUGUGCGUGUGUCCCAGGGUGUCCCCCGUGUGCUCCCGGUGCCCGUGAGCCGGCGGGGGCCCGGCAGCGACGACUGCGGAAAUGACAAUUUUGUCGACUGCGGCGCUCUCUCCCGGCGAGACGUCUAUAUCCCGGCCGGAGGCCGAUUUCUGGGUAAAUUUGCCGAAAUUCCAGUGACGGUCGCGUUUCGGUGGGCGGCCCCCGGGCCCUCGGUGGGCGCUGUGCGUGUGUCCCAGGGUGUCCCCCGUGUGCUCCAGGUGCCCGUGAGCCGGCGGGGGCCCGGCAGCGACGACUCCGGCGGGGUCCCGGCAGCGACGACUGCGGGUGCGGGGAACAGCCUAGGCCCAGGCACCUCUGACAACGGACCCCCACCUCCGCCAACGGACCCCCACCUCCGCCAACGGACCCCUGCGCCCACACACCUCUGCCAACGGACCCCUACCUCUGCCAACGGACCCCAGUGCACAGCCGGCGGGGUCCCGGCAGCGACGACUGCGGGUGCGGGGAACAGCCUAGGCCCAGGCACCUCUGACAACGGACCCCCACCUCCGCCAACGGACCCCCACCUCCGCCAACGGACCCCUGCGCCCACACACCUCUGCCAACGGACCCCUACCUCUGCCAACGGACCCCAGUGCACAGCCGGCGGGGUCCCGGCAGCGACGACUGCGGGUGCGGGGAACAGCCUAGGCCCAGGCACCUCUGACAACGGACCCCCACCUCCGCCAACGGACCCCCACCUCCGCCAACGGACCCCUGCGCCCACACACCUCUGCCAACGGACCCCUACCUCUGCCAACGGACCCCAGUGCACAGGGGUCGGGGCACUGCAGCGGGGCACUACGGGCACUCCCGGCGGCCGGGGCAAACUGCGAUCCCCUGUCCGUUUUUACUCGGGAGGAGCCCGAUUUCCCGAUAGAAAUGACAAUUUUGUCGACUGCGGCGCUCGCUCCCGGCGAGACCUCUAUAUCCCGGCCGGAGGCCGAUUUCUGGGUAAAUUUGCCGAAAUUCCAGUGACGGUCGCGUUUCGGUGGGCGGCCCCCGGGCCCUGGGUGGGCGCUGUGCGUGUGUCCCAGGGUGUCCCCCGUGUGCUCCCGGUGCCCGUGAGCCGGCGGGGUCCCGGCAGCGACGACUGCGGGUGCGGGGAACAGCCUAGGCCCAGGCACCUCUGGCAACGGACCCCCACCUCUGGCAACGGACCCCUGCGCCCACACACCUCUGCCAACGGACCCCUACCUCUACCAACGGACCCCAGUGCACGGGCAGGGGUCGGGGCACUGCAGCGGGGCACUACGGGCACUCCCGGCGGCCGGGGCAAACUGCGAUCCCCUGUCCGUUUUUACUCGGGAGGAGCCCGAUUUCCCGAUAGAAAUGACAAUUUUGUCGACUGCGGCGCUCGCUCCCGGCGAGACCUCUAUAUCCCGGCCGGAGGCCGAUUUCUGGGUAAAUUUGCCGAAAUUCCAGUGACGGUCGCGUUUCGGUGGGCGGCCCCCGGGCCCUCGGUGGGCGCUGUGCGUGUGUCCCAGGGUGUCCCCCGUGUGCUCCCGGUGCCCGUGAGCCGGCGGGGUCCCGGCAGCGACGACUGCGGGUGCGGGGAACAGCCUAGGCCCAGGCACCUCUGGCAACGGACCCCCACCUCUGGCAACGGACCCUCACCUCUGGCAACGGACCCCCACCUCCGCCAACGGACCCCUGCGCCCACACACCUCUGCCAACGGACCCCUACCUCUGCCAACGGACCCCAGUGCACAGGAGCCCGAUUUCCCGAUAGAAAUGACAAUUUUGUCCACUGCGGCGCUCGCUCCCGGCGAGUCCUCUAUAUCCCGGCCGGAGGCCGAUUUCUGGGUAAAUUUGCCGAAAUUCCAGUGACGGUCGCGUUUCGGUGGGCGGCCCCCGGGCCCUCGGUGGGCGCUGUGCGUGUGUCCCAGGGUGUCCCCCGUGCGCUCCCGGUGCCCGUGAGCCGGCGGGGGCCCGGCAGCGACGACUGCGGGUGCGGGGAACAGCCUAGGCCCAGGCACCUCUGGCAACGGACCCCCACCUCUGGCAACGGACCCCUGCGCCCACACACCUCUGCCAACGGACCCCUACCUCUACCAACGGACCCCAGUGCACGGGCAGGGGUCGGGGCACUGCAGCGGGGCACUACGGGCACUCCCGGCGGCCGGGGCAAACUGCGAUCCCCUGUCCGUUUUUACUCGGGAGGAGCCCGAUUUCCCGAUAGAAAUGACAAUUUUGUCGACUGCGGCGCUCGCUCCCGGCGAGACCUCUAUAUCCCGGCCGGAGGCCGAUUUCUGGGUAACUUUGCCGAAAUUCCAGUGACGGUCGCGUUUCGGUGGGCGGCCCCCGGGCCCUCGGUGGGCGCUGUGCGUGUGUCCCAGGGUGUCCCCCGUGUGCUCCCGGUGCCCGUGAGCCGGCGGGGUCCCGGCAGCGACGACUGCGGGUGCGGGGAACAGCCUAGGCCCAGGCACCUCUGGCAACGGACCCCCACCUCUGGCAACGGACCCUCACCUCUGGCAACGGACCCCCACCUCCGCCAACGGACCCCUGCGCCCACACACCUCUGCCAACGGACCCCUACCUCUGCCAACGGACCCCAGUGCACAGGAGCCCGAUUUCCCGAUAGAAAUGACAAUUUUGUCCACUGCGGCGCUCGCUCCCGGCGAGUCCUCUAUAUCCCGGCCGGAGGCCGAUUUCUGGGUAAAUUUGCCGAAAUUCCAGUGACGGUCGCGUUUCGGUGGGCGGCCCCCGGGCCCUCGGUGGGCGCUGUGCGUGUGUCCCAGGGUGUCCCCCGUGCGCUCCCGGUGCCCGUGAGCCGGCGGGGGCCCGGCAGCGACGACUGCGGGUGCGGGGAACAGCCUAGGCCCAGGCACCUCUGGCAACGGACCCCCACCUCUGGCAACGGACCCCUGCGCCCACACACCUCUGCCAACGGACCCCUACCUCUACCAACGGACCCCAGUGCACGGGCAGGGGUCGGGGCACUGCAGCGGGGCACUACGGGCACUCCCGGCGGCCGGGGCAAACUGCGAUCCCCUGUCCGUUUUUACUCGGGAGGAGCCCGAUUUCCCGAUAGAAAUGACAAUUUUGUCGACUGCGGCGCUCGCUCCCGGCGAGACCUCUAUAUCCCGGCCGGAGGCCGAUUUCUGGGUAACUUUGCCGAAAUUCCAGUGACGGUCGCGUUUCGGUGGGCGGCCCCCGGGCCCUCGGUGGGCGCUGUGCGUGUGUCCCAGGGUGUCCCCCGUGUGCUCCCGGUGCCCGUGAGCCGGCGGGGUCCCGGCAGCGACGACUGCGGGUGCGGGGAACAGCCUAGGCCCAGGCACCUCUGGCAACGGACCCCCACCUCUGGCAACGGACCCUCACCUCUGGCAACGGACCACCACCUCCGCCAACGGACCCCUGCGCCCACACACCUCUGCCAACGGACCCCUACCUCUGCCAACGGACCCCAGUGCACAGCCGGCGGGGUCCCGGCAGCGACGACUGCGGGUGCGGGGAACAGCCUAGGCCCAGGCACCUCUGGCAACGGACCCCCACCUCUGGCAACGGACCCUCACCUCUGGCAACGGACCACCACCUCCGCCAACGGACCCCUGCGCCCACACACCUCUGCCAACGGACCCCUACCUCUGCCAACGGACCCCAGUGCACAGCCGGCGGGGUCCCGGCAGCGACGACUGCGGGUGCGGGGAACAGCCUAG